CGAUCUUGGUGACAAUGGAGUAAGGGAUACCAUACCAGCUUGGAUUGGGGAAAUGUCAUCAAAUUUAAUGUUUCUAAGAUUUCAGUCAAAUAACUUCUAUGGAGGUAUUUCUGACAAGCUCUGCCUACUCUCAAAUCUUCAAGUGCUGAACCUGGCACAUAAUAACUUAACAGGAUAUAUUCCUCAUUGUUUUAACAACUUCUCAAUGAUGGUAUCAAGUGAACAUGGAAGCAUUCUCACGAUAACCUACGAUACCACCAACCUUCAAAACUAUAAGGGAGGAAAUGAACUUGAGUACUCCUUUGGGAACCUUGUGCUCAUUAAAUCCAUAAGCCUCUCAACAAAUAAUUUGGUGGGUGAGAUCCCAGAUGGGAUAAUGGAUCUGGCUGCUUUACAAACUUUGAACCUUUCUCACAACCAUUUGACUGGAAGGAUCUCUGAGAAGAUUGGCAACUUGAAGCGACUUGAAACGCUUGAUCUAUCAAUGAAUGAAUUCUUCGGUGCAAUACCUGACAACUUAGCAACAAUAAACUCAUUGAGCUUCCUAAAUUUGUCACACAAUAGCCUUUCAGGGGAAAUACCAUCAGGAAAUCAACUUCAGACCUUAACCGAUCCAUCCAUCUAUGAAGGAAAUAGUGGACUUUGUGGCAAGCCACUCCCAAAGAACUGCCCCGAGAACAAGUCGCCAGCUGAAAAUGAUCCUAUCCUUGAUGACAAAGAUCAUGGUGAGUUUGAUUGGUCAUGGUUUUAUGCAGGUAUAGGACCUGGUUUUGCUCUCGGCAUCGUGGGAUUCUUGGCAAUCCUUCUCUUCAAGAGGUCUUGGCGCUAUGCAUACUUCGAGUUUCUGGAAAGUGCAAGUGACAGAAUUGCCGCAAUGAUAGCAUUGAAGACUACUCGGUGCGCGAGGAACUUCCAUUGAGUCUACACCUAUGAAAGUGCUUGUUGCGGUUGUUGAGUCAGUCAGAAUGAGCGAUUUCUUCCAGGUGAUUUUAG